UGAACAGUCAUUGCUGGACUUAAGUCACAGCACACAUAAGAACGGCAUUGCCCAGAGAGAGAGAGAGGAGGGAGGGACAAAGAGAGAGAGAGAGAAAACAACGUAAGAUGGAGCCUGGCCUUUGGGAUGCAUGAGAGUUGGGUACCGUACAGAGACCGGCUUGACCAGGACACCAUUUGGAACAGUGCUUCUGCCAUGCUAACUUCCUGUCGGGAACUAGAGCAUGGAAAAGUUACCCCUUUGGGCUACAAAUCUCAGAAUCCUCCAGCCAGUAACUUAUACCAGUUAUAGGUCCCUGUGACCAUGUUCUCGGAUGAGCGGAAAGAGGGGAGCCCUCGCUUUGGAAAGCUUCACUUUCCUGUUGGCCUUUGGAUCAACUCUCCGAAGAAGCAUUUUGCCAAGUUGGGGCGAAGGUGGCCAAGCGUGGGGUCGGUCAAGUCUACAUCCUCAGAUACAGCCAGCCGGGGCAGUGAGCCUGUGGAGAUGCGCCCGACCACCAAAAACAAGGCCAGUCGGCACAAGAGGCUUUCGACUCUCUUCCAGCGAGGGGGAGCAGGAGGGCCAUCUAGCGGGGGUGGAGGCCGCUGGGGCAGUGAGAAGAAACUGGCUGACUUCAUUGACCCCCUGCCCGAAGACCGAGCUGAGCCCCCCUCACAGGGCGAAAUACCAGGCGUCUUGAAGAUCUAUGGUGGCGACCUCUCCACAGGGGCCAAUUACAAGAGUGUGCUGGCCACUGUGCGCUCCACUGCCCGGCAGCUGGUCCUCGAGGCCCUUGAGCGCUAUGGAGUGGCCCAAGCCAAUGCCGAGGAGGCCUACGUAUUGUGUGACGUCGUUGGUAGUGUACAUGCCACCAAUGGCUCCUGGCAGGCCCAGUAUCUCCGGGCCGUGGGGGAUUCUGAACGGCCACUGGUCUUGCAGGACGUGUGGAAACCCAAGACGGGGUGCACCCGUCGCUUUGAAAUCCGGCGGCGAUGUGACGUGGAAAGAAUGGCAGAUGGCGAGGAUGAGGAUGGAAAUGGUGUCAACUGCCAGGCCCGUCGGCAGCAGUCCCGUCGCUCCCGGGCUGCCUCAGGAGGCCACGUCACCCCCAAAGAGAGGGCAGACAACCUGUCGCUCCGCCGCAGCAUCAGUGAGAUGAACCUCAGCACCAAACGCCGCAGGGACCGCAAAGGGGUGCUCAGCAUGGCAGCUGGGGAACCGGCGGAAGGGGGGCCCUCCGACGACUCCCGGGUCAAGGCAUCGGCGAGUGCCGAGGGCCCACCGGCUCCACCCACCUCUGAAGAAGACGCCAUGGAAGGAGCUAACCUGGAGCAGCUCACCCAGUGCCUCAUCCAGCCACCCACAGAGCAUCCCUAUUUCCUGCAGUUGCUGGGCUAUAAUGAAAAACAGGAGUUUGUGAUUCACGUGAUGACACGUCGGCGACACAUUUUCGGGCGCCCUGAACGUCGCCAGGCUCCGGACCCAUCCAGCUAUGUGGACACGUUCCUGAACGCUCCAGACAUCCUGCCCCGCCACUGCUGUGUGGUGUCUUCGGUGCCCCCCGCGGACCCCAGCCAGCCUCGGGGCCCAGCCAUGGUGCGGCCUUUCCGGGGAGCCUCAAUAACCCACAACGGCGCCCCCCUCCACCGUCAGAUGGAAUUGGCUCCAGGGGACCUGCUGGGGAUGGGCCAGCACUUCCUGUUCAUGUACAAGGACCCACGAGCCCCACCGGCCCCUCCGGCCUGGCUGCCCAAGGCCUGGGUGUCCCCAGGGUUAGUGGGAGCCUUAGCGUGCCAGGCCUGUGGCCGGUCCCUGCAGGAGCGGCAGGAGGCCUUCCGAGCCUACCUCAAGAGCCGGGAACCUCAGCUGCGCUACCGGCCUCAGGAACAGGAGGCGCUUCUGGCUGAAAUUGUGAAGCUGCAGGAAGCGCCCGGGUGCAAGCUGAGCCCAGCCUUCCUCUUUGGGCUCUGUCUAGAGCAUGCAGCUCGAGAACUGGAACCAGGACACCUGCCCAGAUUGAUAGCCAGGAUUGCCCAGCUGGUGAAGGAGGCCGUUUGGGAGAAGAUAAAAGAGAUCGGAGAUCGGCAAUCAGAAUACCAGCAGGACAAAGGAGAAUCAGGAAAUCUCAGCGUGGAGGAAGUGGCAUCUGACCUGCGCCCCCUCAUGCUCUGGAUGGCCAACUCGAUGGAGUUGCUCAACUUGGUGCAAAAGAGAGUCCUGGACAUUGAGAAAGAUCUGGACUUGGAGGGAGCUUCCCACAAUGCAUUGCUCUCCAGUGACCUGGAGACCUGUGAUGAAGCGAUGGCUGCCUUGGAUGAAGUCAUCAUGUCCACUUUCCAGCAGUCUGUGUACUACCUCACUAAGCAGACUCUCUAUUCAGCCCUUCCUGCCUUGCUAGACAGUAAUCCCUUUACAACAACGGCUGACCUGUCCCAUGUGCCUGAGCUCAGCAGCAUGCCCGAAGGAAUCCGUGGGACCCUCGCCAUCUACCAGGCCACCCUUGAGCUGACCCGCGACUGUGACCUGCACCCUGAUCUCGUCUCGCAGACCUUUGGCUACCUUUUCUUCUUCUCCAAUGCCUCGCUCUUUAACACCCUUAUGGAGAGAGGUGGUUCUCAGGCCCUGUUCCUUUGGGCCAAAGCAGUGCAGAUCCGAACCAACCUGGACCUGGUACUGGACUGGCUGCAAGGGGUGGGCCUCGGGGACAUUGCCACCGAAUUCUUCCGCAAGCUCAGCACGACAACCAACCUGCUCUGCGUCCCCAAAAGCAGCUUGCUUCAGGCAACCUGGUCGCGCUUGAGGAACGACUAUCCAGCACUGACCCCAGCCCAGCUCCAUCAUGUGCUGAGGAAUUACCAGCUGGGACCCGGCCGGGUGCCCCCCGAGGGCUGGAACUCUCCAGACAACGAAAGAGAUGAGAUUGCGCACAGUGACAUAUUCGAGAGUUUCACAGAUCACCCACCACUGAUUCUUCCGUGUGAUGGUUUCCACUUGCGUCUUUCAGAACCUGUGUCUGACGACACCCUCCAUCGCCAACUUGUGCGCCUCCGCCGUUUUCUUUGGGAGCUGGAGCGUGAAUCUCUCCCAGCCAAUCAAAGGGCAGUGUACGGGUUGGAUCCCAGCCAAUGAGAUGUGACACACAGGCUGAUGUUCAGCAUAGAUCUUGGUCCUCAGGAAUAUUUUUCCAGAACAUUCCCCAGCAGACAGAUAGAGCCCCCAAAACUUUAUAGGGAAUAGAUCACCUAAAACAGUUAUUGCAUGUGUGGAUUGCCCUGAAGGUCAUAACAACAGGCGAGAUCCCAAAACAUGGCUGUUGCAACCUCGUCUAUUUUGCAACCGACUACUUCAGGAAACCAUCCAGAAAUUUAUUUGAAAGAUCGCAAACUCGUGAGUGGCCAUUCUCUUUUUGCUGUUUGUAGAAAGCUAUAUAUUCCUUUCUUUGCUGCAAUAAACUUAUUAAUUGUGAUGAAGAAAUCCAAUUUCU